CGUUUGGCCCGUGUGGCGUUUGACUGCUGUUUCCUGGUUUUCACAGCAUUGUCACACGGAUAACUAGGAACUGCAUCCUAGUGGGAUUUAAGUUUUUAAAAAAUGUUUUUUUAAGUAAACUAUUUGUCCUAUGAAUAUUUUUGCCGUACAGGUAAAUAUUUUACACUCAAGAAUUAUCUUAGACUAUCAGUUUCUCGAUAUUAGGCUAUUAUAUUGGGCUUGUGACGCUGAUUCAUAUAAUUUUCCUUAUGCUAGGCUAGCGCAUGCUAACAAUGCUAGUAGACGAGUGCGGACGUGACACAUGACAGCUGCGAUGUUGGACAUAUAAUUUAGUUUAUUAAUUAUGACCACGUUCUCCUGUGGGUAACCAAAGGUUUUAAGUUCUUACUCUCAAAUGGAUAGUACGGAGCCCCCCCUGGUGCCAAGGUAUGAGAAAAAUAAAAUUCAUUGAUAAUCUGUUCCCUCAGUUUAGUAAACUGUACCCUCAGUUUAGUAAACUGUACCCUCAGUUUAUGAAUCCGUACCCUCAAUUUAGUACUGUGUUUAGGAAACACGCAGGCUAAUUGUAGCCAGUCCUGCUAUAUAAUGAUCAACCCCCUCGAACUACAGCAAUAUUGCCUUUCAGUUGAAAAAAUGGGAUGUAGGAUAUAUCACGACAUGACAAUUUAUACACAGAAUUCACACGAGAAAGAAUAUAACAUACAUAUAGAAUUUACUUCACUUGACAGAUAUACGUAGGUAUACGGAGCCCCAGACAUUUACUAAACUGAGGGUACAGAUUACUAAACUGAGGGAACAGAUUAUCAAUGAAUUUUAUUUUUCUCAUACCUUGGCACCAGGGGGGCUCCGUAGGAUAGUGCUCUCUUGACACUAAAAUUUUUUCGCUGUAUGGCGAGUGGGUGAGAUGGAGUAUAUUCACAAACCGGCUACAGUUCAUUUUAUGACGGAACACAUUUUAAUUUCUUAAACUCCACCUAGCUUCCCCCCCCCCCUCCACAGGUUGUUUCCAUACGUAGGGAACAAUGGUAAAGUAUUUCUGCUGUGCAAGUUCGCUGAAAAGCUCCUGGGACCAAGUCUGCCUUGCUUUCUGGCAACGGUAUCCAAACCCCUACAGUAACCAUGUACUGACUGAGGAUAUCAUUUUCCGAGAGGUGACUCCCAGCAACUGCCUCAUUUCCAGACGUUUACUGACCAAAACGAGCCGGGCUCCACGCUGGAUGGAGCGCUAUCUUCCAAAGCACAUGGCUAGCUGUGCGUACAUCGUGGAGGACUCUGUUGUGGACCCUCAGAAAAGAACGAUGACCACGCUUACGUGGAACAUCAGCCACGCUCGUCUCAUGUCUGUGGAAGAGCGGUGCGAAUACCGAAUUAACCCUGAGAAUGGCAGCUGGACAGAGAUCAAUAGGGAGGCUUGGAUCUCUUCCAAUGUGUAUGGACUCUCGAGGGCUGUUCAGGAAUUUGGUCUUUCAAGGUUUAAGAAGAGUGUUACCAAGACAAUGAAGGGUUUUGAAUAUGUGCUGGCCAAAAUGCAAGGUGAAACGCCAUCAAGGAGUUUGGCAGAAGCGGCGAGAGAGACGGCACUGGCAGCUAAGGAGAAAGCCAAAGACUUAGCCUCACAGGCUCAGAAGAAACAAUACGUGUGAUGAUUCCUUUGCCUCAGAUUUCGGGGACACUUUUGUCUUUAAAUCCUCCCCAGUGCUUCAAUUCAUUGCGUGGAGACUAACUGUUCCGACUACAUGCCUCUGUGAUGAAGCAGCCUGCUUGAUGCGGUGGGUGGACCAUAUAAAGGCCCAAGUGGAGCCUCUUCCAGCCCACUUGUACCUGCGUCAGUCAUCCUGGUCAUGUUCUUCUUCACAUCAGCUCACAGGUGCUGUAGUUUGAUAGAAAACUGUUCCUGUUGCCUUCAUGCAACUUCCAUGCCUAUCAGGUUUCUUUUUAGACUGUUUUGGUAUGCUAUGGUCAACAUUUCAGAAAUCAAUGAUUAAUGCAGAUUCAUCAGGGUCAGAUUUUUACCUCAAGUAUUAUUAUUUUUAAAUGAUUGAAUUAGCUGAUCAUAACUUGUUCCUCCUGCAAAGAAUGCUUUGUAAUAUAACAAUUGAAGCAUUGUUGACAUAAAAUUGAGUACUCAGAUAAAUGAAUAAAAGCAAAAAUGCA